AUGUCCCCGCCCACGGAAACCAUGCAGCAGAGCACAACGAAGAGGAAAGCAUUCAUUGCAGGUUUUCCGGAAGGUGUGCGCCCUGCCAAACGUCGAGCGGCGAAAGCCUGCCAGACUUGCCGUUCAAGAAAGGUUCGAUGUGAUGUGGUGGAUAGUGGACCGCCAUGCAACAAUUGUCGGCUGGAUCGUCUCCAAUGUAUUGUGUCGGAUUCGAGGCGGAAGCGAAAGCCUCGCUCUUGUAGCCUAGAUGAGCAAUCUCAGUCACCAGUUUCAUCCAAUGCGGAGUCGGACGCUGGCGACGUGAAUUCCAACAUGAAUAUCAAGUCAAUUGACUGGAUCCCGUCCUCGGAUUAUGCUGACAGGGUUUUCUGUACUCCCUCGGCUGGCAAUUCGUUCGAGCUCCAGCUCGAUCGUCAUGUUCCUCAUAUGCUCUAUCGGAUGCAAGGGCGCAGACUAAAUCAUGAAGAACGUAUUCGUCGCAUCUCUUCAGACACGGCGCAGGCCACCCACCACAUAUGUGAUCUCCUUAACGCAAAUCCCAACCAACAAAUCAAUAAAAGGACCAGUGCAGAGAAAUAUCAACAAUGCAUCGAAGUACUGCAACAGCUGCAUGAUAUCUACGCCUCGGCAGCCUCGGCAACAUCUUUCUUACAGAAAGCAAUGCGCAGCCCAAACCUGGCUACAAAUCUGUCCCUUCAAUCGUCGAAUCCCAAGAUAACGAGGACAAAAAAUACUUCUGCCACAGUUCUGACCCCGCCACCUGACACAGAUGAGUCCGCUACAUUUUCUCAUUCGUCCAUGCCAUCUAAAUAUCUCAGAUCGAUGGGGCAAUACUCACCUCCAGCGUCCGAUGGAUCUGAUGAGUGUGCUUCCUUCAGCGCAAUGAUGCCACCUGACCACACAAGCAACACCAUAAUUGGCGAUGUUGACUUGGACCAUGAUUUCGAUACUCUUUUCAAUCUUGAUGCAGAUAUGGAUUUUUGGGCUGCGGAGGAUGAAAGCAAGAGUUCAUCCUUCGGACCUAACCCCAAUGACCCGCAUCAUGGCGCCGAGUGGACCCCCUUUACUCCAUGGAAUACUUCCUGGGAACCAGCGUGGCUUUCCUGCGCUCAAUCAAGCCCGCACAAUGGACCAAGACUCCGCAAGCUUGCAAGACAACUCCCUCUUGACCCUACUGGGGUCACCACGAUCACAUCUCCGACCAACGUCACGAUCAGAUACAAGGAGCCAGGCAAGGCUGGCGUUUGCGAAACAACGCCAGGAGUUGACUCAUACUCCGGCUUCAUUGACUUGGCGCCGGAUGUUCACGCCUUCUUCUGGUUCUUUGAGUCGCGAAGAGAUCCCGCGAACGAUCCUAUCACGUUAUGGUUGAACGGAGGACCUGGUAGUGAUUCUUUGAUCGGGCUUUUCCAAGAGCUGGGUCCAUGUAAUGUUACGGAAGACCUCCAGACCCAGCUCAAUCCAUACGCAUGGAACGAAGUUUCUAACAUGCUAUUUCUUUCUCAGCCGGUCGGCGUGGGCUUCUCAUACGCCGAGACGGAGCCAGGCAGUUUGAACAAUUUCACAGGUGUGUUUCAAAAUGCUUCUGUCGGCGGAGUCGCUGGCAGAUAUCCUGUGAUCGACGCGACCGAAGUCGACACAACCGAGCUUGCUGCCAUUGCAGCAUGGGAGAUCCUUCAGGGCUUCUACUCCGCACUCCCUCAGCUCGACUCAGAGGUUCAGUCGAAACAAUUUAAUCUUUGGACAGAAUCUUAUGGUGGCCAUUAUGGCCCAACGUUCUAUCGGUACUUCUACGAACAGAACGAAGCCAUUGCAAAUGGUUCGACUCCUGGAAAAUAUUUCACCUUCAAUACCCUUGGCCUCAUUAAUGCUCUUAUCGAUGAGGCGAUUCAAGUUCCAUUUUACCCUAUAUUCGCAAACAACAAUACCUACGGGAUCAAAGCGAUAAAUGAUACAGUAUACAACUAUAUGAACUUCGCGUGCUACAUGAUCAACGGCUGUCUUGAUCAACUUCGAUACUGCAAGCUGACGAACCGCACCUCUCUCACAGAUCAAGCCAUCUGUUCGGAAGCACAGUCCAUGUGCCGAGACAACGUCGAAGGGCCAUACUACAGCUACGGGGACCGGGGCGUUUACGAUAUAAGACAUCCUUAUGAUGACCCCACGCCGCCAGAUUAUUUCCAGGAAUUCCUCAACUUGGCCUCUACGCAGGAAGCUAUAGGUGUAAAUACCAAUUAUACCCAGUAUUCCAACAAUGAGAUAUAUUACGCUUUUCAGCAGACUGGGGAUUUUGUCUACCCUAUAUUCCUUGAAGAUUUACAAGUUCUCCUUGACUCACCGGUCCGGAUUGCCCUCAUAUACGGCGAUGCAGACUAUAUCUGCAACUGGUUCGGCGGCGAAGCCGUCAGCUUAGCAGCCAAUUUUUCUGGUGCGGAGGAGUUCCGAGCCGCAGGCUACACCCCCAUGAUUGUCGAUGGCGUCGAGUAUGGCGAGACCCGAGAAUACGGCAACUUUAGCUUCACUCGGGUCUACGAAGCCGGUCAUGAAGUUCCCUACUAUCAGCCUCUUGCCUCGCUCGCCCUCUUUAAUCGAACAAUCAACAUGUUCGAUAUCGCUACUGGAGAGCUUAAGAUCACAGAGGACUAUGCGACCAAUGGUACAGCAAGAGCAACACAUACUGAGCCUUUCGUACCGCUACCUUCGAGUACAACCUCUACAUUAUAA